UUGCCGGCGACAUUGACAGAAGGAGGACCGCCGUCCGAUGCCGCCGGAGUCCACCAAUGUGACAAGGAAGCCAAUCGGCGAGAAGCCAACCAUCGAGAAACUCCCUCCAGCGCAUGCACCUUAGUGCCGCCCGUUGCCGCCCAUCAUCACCAUAGCGCCGUCCGUCUGAAACUCCGACCAGCCCCGCACUUUCGAAAUUCAUAUCGAAUCUCCCCAACUCCGCCAUCCGCCCACACUUCAUCGUUUAAAAUUUCAACCGCCUUCUCCCAGUUGCACCUCCGCCCAUUUCCGUCCAUUCGAAGAAUCAACCGCACCUCCAUCGUUCAAAGGUUCAGCCGCACCUCCGUCCAUCUCUGUCCGUUCAAAGGUACGACCGCCACCUCCGCCCGUUCAGACUACCACAAUCGACGGCGUUCAGCCACCAGUCUGCCGUCCAUUCACACAUAA